AUGCGGGUCGAAGAGGUGAUGCCACUCGGGCAUAUCCUAGAGGCGCAGGCCUAUCGUCUCUUCACGUCGAGGGGGUUGCUCCUAUGUGGACUCGAGCGGACGAAGUUCGUCAAGCCAAAAAGGCUGGUCGGCCGCGUCCCGUUUCGGGGGGAGGACCUCGUCUAUCCCAACGCCGACAAGCGGGUGGAAUUGAUGCUGCGCGCCGCCGGGAUUAUAGCAUGA